GCAUCACCGAACGAGGCAGGCUCGCCUCCCAUCCGCCCCCCGCUCCUUCCCAGACCCGCCCCCCUCCUUGAGCCGACCUCGCCGUGCACGCGCGUGGUCCUCCCCUCCACCACCAGCACCGCCACCCCUCCCAUCACUAGGUCGAGGCUAGGAGGAGGAGGAGGAGGAGGAGGAAGAGGAGGAGGAGGAGGAGGGAUGAGGCGCGCGGCGGAGGGGAAAUGGCUGCCGAAAACAAGCCGGAAGGACUGAAGAAGAUACGAAACCCAGAGCGAAUGGUCAGGAUUGCUGUUGGUUACACAGGACACACCCCUCCCAAGAGUGACGAAUCCGACGGCAGCAGCAAUGAGCCAGGCCAGUUAAAGAUCUACCUACCCAAGAAGCUGCUCGAGUGUCUACCCAAAUGUUCCUCUCUGCCCAAGGAGCGCCAUCGCUGGAACACCAACGAGGAGAUUGCUGCGUAUCUCAUCACUUUUGAGAAACACGAUGAGUGGCUGACGACAUCGCCAAAAACCAGGCCUCAGAAUGGCUCUAUGAUCCUCUACAACCGUAAAAAGGUGAAGUACAGGAAAGAUGGCUACUGCUGGAAGAAGAGGAAAGAUGGGAAGACCACCCGAGAGGAUCAUAUGAAGCUUAAAGUCCAGGGGGUAGAGUGUCUGUAUGGCUGCUACGUCCACUCCUCCAUCAUCCCCACCUUCCAUCGUAGAUGCUAUUGGCUGCUGCAGAACCCAGACAUUGUGCUGGUGCACUACCUGAAUGUACCGGCAGUGGAUGACAGCGGGAAGCCUUGCGGUCCGGUCCUUUGCUCCAUCAAUACAGACAGGAAAGAGUGGGCCAAGUGGAGCAAAGAGGAGCUCAUUGGACAACUCAAACCUAUGUGUGCUGGAAGCAGCCUGCAUCAGAAAUGUUCCAGUGUCAAGCAGCGUAUCAUCUCAUCCAAACAGGAAUCAGGAGCAGGAGGAGGGACAGUAUUAGGAACCAGUGUAGCAGCAGGCCAGAGAGCUGAGGAAGCAGAUGGCACAGAGGUCCAGAACAGUGAUGUAUCAGAGGGCCAGACAGAGCCCAAUCCUGGUGGGGGGAGGAGCCGAGCAGGCGGAGCAGAGAGGAGGAAUGGAAGGAUGACCAAACCUUCCCUACUCCCACAGAGCAGCAUGGAGGUGUCUUCUUCCACCUCGACCAACCAGGUGGAGGUGCCCGACACCACCCAAAGCUCCCCACUGUCUAUUGCAAGUGACAUGGCUGACAGCCCAGCUCUUGCCAUUGGGACCGGCUUGUCACAGAGCACUGCUGUGUUUAUGUCUGAGGUCACCACUCUGACCGGGGAUUCGGUUUACUCGGCGGGCCACACCCACCUGCUGGCUUCGACCCAUGAGAGUACCACCACUGGUAUACUGUUGGCUGUUGCCCCUGACAACCAGAGGUUUGCAUCGUUCAGUGGAGGUGUAGGGUUAGGGGAGGGAGGAGAGUUGGUUCUGUCCAGCUCUUUGGACUCUGGUGUAGGAGUCAGCCUUCCCGAGACCACAAUGACCUUUGACCCCGAUUGCUUCCUCAACAAUCCCAAGCAGGGCCAAACGUACGGAGGAGGUGGGGGGAAGAUUGAGGGCUGCAAUGGCGAUGAGGGGGGGCUCCACUGCUCCACUAACGGGUUCAUUUACAACGCAGCACUCGUCAACAACAUCAAAACGGAAGCUAUGCCACUGGAGCAGCCACUUGCAACCCAGAAUAGCUACGUGGGAGAAGGAACCGGCCUCAGCCCCAGCACCACCCUGGAACAGAUGGACUUCAGUGCUGUCAUGUCAUCGGCCUGCGUCUCAGGUCUGAGCCAGCCUUCCCAUCACCCAUCCCCAGGCCUCUUCCUCCAGGCCUCCCCACAGACAACCCAGCCCUCUCAGCUGCAGGUCAACGGCACCAAGACAACCCAGGAAUCCAAUGAAUCCAGAGCCUACAUAGGUCUGCCUUCAGUGGUUACUGACUCUCCAGUCACUAAUGGAGAACCACAUCCACACCUCCACCAAGCAAGCACAGACCAGCAUGCCCUGUGUGCGAGGAAUGGGCAGCCAGCAGCAGUUGGGUCUUUUCCCCUGGCAACACAGGAUGUCGACCAACCAGGCAGCAGGAGUCAUCAGGAGAUCACAGCCCUAGAGAAACCAACAGAAAAUGGAGAAGAUUUACUUCUGAAGGCUGGGGAUUCUCAUGAGGCCUAUGCGAGUGUUGAUGCCAAACAUUAUCUCCAACCCACAGAUGACACUGGAGGGGGGGACGAAGGUGGAGGGGGUGGAGGAGGUGGAGGAGGAGCGGAAAAUGGAGUUAUAUGUAAUGGUGUGAGCAUUUCAGGCACCGUUAGUUCAGUGGUUGCCAGUCCUCAGUCAAUAGGUGUAGGUUCAAACAUUGAGGGUGCUCUCUACAGCUCUCCACUUCCUCAGCAAGGUGCAGGGGUAUCAGCAACAACAGCUGGGGCAGGGGCAGCUAUCAGUCUAGAAGGAUUUGAGGCUUCAUUUGGAAGCCAGUUCUCCGAUCUUAUCAACGAUUUCAUCUCAGUAGAAGGGUCUGGAGGUGGGGUGGUGGCAGCAGUCUCUGGUGUUCUUAUGCCCCAAGAAAGGGCAGCAGGAGAGGAACACAGCACAGCGGCCGGUCAUCUGCAGGGAACUGAGGUGGAGCAGGGGGCGCUGGGAAUGCUCCAGGAGACUGGCAGGCUGUUCGCCGUGACAGACUACUCCCCAGAGUGGUCUUAUCCAGAGGGAGGAGUGAAGGUGUUGAUCACUGGUCCAUGGUUGGAGUCCAGCAGUGAGUACAGCUGUCUCUUCGACCACAUCAGUGUCCCAGCUGCCCUCAUCCAGCCUGGGGUGCUGCGCUGCUACUGCCCAGCCCACGACACAGGACUGGUGAUGCUGCAGGUGGCCAUGGGCGGUGAGGUCAUAUCUUCUUCUGUGGUGUUUGAAUAUAAAGCACGUGACCUACCAGCACUGCCAUCUUCUCAGCAUGACUGGCUGUCCCUGGAUGAUACCCAGUUCAGGAUGUCUAUCUUGGAGCGUUUGGAGCAAAUGGAGCAAAGGAUGGCUGAAAUAACCAAUCAGAACCCCAGCUCAGAAGCCAUGGCAACCAAGGGCGGAGGAGUGGAGGGGGGAGGAGCCAAUGAUCCGCGGUCUCAAAGCUCCCCUGAUCAGAGCACAUUUGAGGGUCGUGUGGUAGUGGUGUGUGAGAAGAUGAUGUCUCAGCCCUGUUGGACGUCUUCUAACCAGCUUGUCCAUAGUAAGAACUCCAGAGGAAUGACGUUACUGCAUCUGGCCGCAGCUCAGGGUUACGCAGGGCUCAUCCAGACACUCAUUCGCUGGCGCACAAAGCAUGCUGACAGCAUUGACCUUGAGCUGGAAGUGGAUCCCCUUAACGUUGACCACUUCUCCUGCACACCACUCAUGUGGGCAUGCGCUUUGGGCCAUACUGAGGCAGCACUGGUUCUAUACCAUUGGGACCCAAGAGCUUUAGCCAUCCCUGACUCCCUGGGUCGCUUGCCGCUGAACAUUGCCCGAUCUCGUGGUCACACUCGAUUGGCUGAGCUCUUGGAGCAGCUGCAGCAGAGUCCUCAAACCAAGGGCCAGUCCGCAGAUAGUUGGAUGGAGAAGUGGAAAGGAGGGCCACAGAACAGUGGAAUCAGCAACAGCCCCAGCACUAAUCCAAGCCCAGAGGUGAGAAGGAACAGAACAGAGAGCCAACCAUUAAACCAGAACCACAGCUGGAGCCAAACUGGCUCCCAACCAGGAGCCAACGUUGAACAAGUAGGCCCGCCCCCAGCCAAACGACUCAAAUCUAACCCUUCAAAUCAGCAACAGCUUGCUAACUCAAUCCCUGGAACCAACACUAUCAGCUCCCACUCCGACUCUUCCCCGAGGCAAAGUCCUCUUCGAUCCCAAAAAACUGACCCCAGCUAUCAGAGAACACCUCUUUCCAGCUCCACCUCUGAACGGCCUCAGUUCCCCAGUGCCCCGUUCUCUCACCUGCAGGCCAGGAUAAGGGGGUCUGAGGGGGGCAAUAUGUGGAGCCUGAGACGGUCUCUUGGACAAAACAGUCUGGUCAGAAGAAUUCAAGGAAAAGAGCGUUUGGCCAUUCAUCUGCGGCAGAGAGUGCUGUCUGACAGGGGAGAGGAAACUGAGCUGCUGACCUAUCAGGAUAACACAGACGACUUACAGGUUGACAUUACGAUGCUUGCUGAUCACAUCAUGGAUCCUUCAGCUGGAAGGCCUAAGCCGACUGCAGGCCCUGAAGCAGAUUCUGCAAAGGUUGGGAUCAGCAGUGAUGUAAAGUCACUAUCUGGUUACCUUGAUGAGGUCGAAAGGUUUUUGAAAUCUAAGCCCCACGCUACAAGCCCCAAACCAAAUGUACUCUCAGGGCUGGAGGAGCAGGAGACUCCUCACACCAACCAAGCGCCCUUGUCUACCUUUGACUGGAGCUCCUUCCUCUGUGCAGCUAUGAAAGAGGAGAAGUUGAAAGCAAACUCUUCUUGUCUAGCCAUGACUGAGGCAAAGCAGCAAGAGCUGUAUGAAACCAUCAGGCAUGCUCUGCACUCCCUCAGAAAACACAAGGGUCCCAUUCAGGAACAACACAAAGAGAUCGCAGCAGUGAUUCAACGCUGCUACAAGAGAUACAAGCAGUAUGCACUUUAUAAGAGGAUGACUUUAGCAGCCAUCCUGAUCCAGAGUCGUUUCCGGAGUUUCCACGAACAGAGGAAGUUCCAGCAGAGCCGUAGAGCAGCGGUCCUCAUCCAGCAAUACUACCGCUCCUACAAGCACUCCCUCAGCAGCCUCCUAACUAAAAAACAGAACCAGGCUGCUCGUAAGAUCCUGAGGUUCCUGCUCCGCUGCCGCCACAGCCCCUUGAUGGACCACAGACCUCUGAAACAGGGCCAGAGAGCAGAGAAAGGCCAGGGGUCCUGAGAAUGCAUCACCAGGCCCUGCACACAGCCCCCUCAGCCUGUGAGCAAUCUACCCCACACCACCCCCACUCCCCAAUCCAUCUUUCCUCCAGUCUCCCUCCCUCCCUACCCUCCCUUCCUGUUGCAUUUUCCAACCUCUCCUCGUGCCCUCGUCUCUCCUCCUUGCUCUCAACCUUCCUGGCCUCAUUUCUCAAGAGGAAAAAAAAAACUCUUCCCUAACAGACUGAGGACAGGACAGGUGUCCAUCAUGGCAGCUCAGACUGACAGACUGCUGGGCAGAGCCCCAGAACCAGGCUCUGCUCACAGCACUGAUUCUCCUCCAGUUUAACUGGGAGGCCAUCACAUUAACCUCAUGGCAUUCUUUGCACUCCUCAUGGGUAUGUUUCUUUGCAAGAGCAAGUUGUCGAGCAGGAUAAGCAGAAAAAAGAACAAAAGAGGAAGUGCCUGACGACGACAUCCUGCUGUUUAAGGCAGCAGCUGGAUGUACUGAAGAGGCUCCGGCGGUGAACAGCUGGCUCAAGAAAGAGGCAACUUUGACAUGCAAAAAACACACAAAACCCGCUGUGUUUUUUUGUAUUAAAAUAGAGAUCUGUGAAAGAAUAAGAAACCAUAAACCAAAAAAACUCACUUCUAUGUUGCAUUUGCAUGCAAGGUUUUCCCCCCCGCUUAUUCCUCCUCUAUAUCAUCCUACAGAGCUACAGUGGCAAACCAUUCUGCUGAUUCAGUAUCUCACAGUAUCACCCAACCACUCUGACUCACAGGCUUAUGAAGCUAUUAGUCACCUAAUCAAAAAAAAAAAAAGGGGGAGGAACUGCACUUGAAUGUACGAGGAGCAUUGUUAGAUAAAAGGGAAGCGGCCUGAAUAACGAUGUCUUAAUUUGCUACAUGGACUUUGUAUGGAGUCGUUCUCAGCGGCAGCACUUUUGCUCGCCUGACGUGGUGUGUCCGUGUUCGUUCAAUUCAAUGCAUGUGUUUGAGCUAUGAGCUCCUGCAUGCUUGCCAAACUGCUUUAGUGUUGUUUCUUUUUGUAUUUCUAUGUGUAAUUGUGUCUCAUGUCUUCAUCAACCUAUCCUUACCCUGUGUAAUGUGAACCGUGUAAGGACAAAUGACUUCUUUUGGGUGCUUUAUUUAUUAUUUAUUUAUUUAAGGGUCUAAUUCUUUGUUUAACAGGCUCAAGAGUGGUUUAGCUCGAGACCCAAACCCCCUCCCCUGCCGGUGUGAUAAAAUAUGACAUGUUCCAAUGGUUAAACGUCUCUGUUAGUUUGUUCUGCGUGAACCUCCAAAUCCUAACUGUGGUUUUAAGGACAGAGUCACAUAACAUUGCCUUGACUUCUUCUUGACUCCGAGAGGUCUCUAUGCUUGCUCUGUAAAGGACAUGGGUCCUAUACUUGCCCCCAUACAGGGCACUGCUCCCUGUAUUAGCCCUGUAUGGGCGAUCAAAUCCAUAUUUUGGACUAUUGCAUAUUUCUGUACAUAAACUGACGAGGUAAGGGGAUACAAGGACCCUGAAACUUUUUCAUAAGAAGACUGUAUUUAAGAUUAUAAAUUAUUUUACUUCCCGUAACAAGAACUUUAGACAGAGAUCUGGGUACACAGGACGGCAUAUUGCUUGUAAAUAAUGUAGAUAAUACAAACGGAGUAAUGUGCAUGAGAUUUAAGACAAAAGAAACAUCUAAAAGAACACGCUAGUGGCUAAGGACUGUGAGAGGAUUUUAACUGCUUCACUUUAAGAGUAUCCAGUAUAAGUGUUAUUGAAAAAGAACAUUUUCUUAAAAGCAUGCAAACAAAAAAUCUAACAUUAGAACUAUAAGUGGGAAAACAAACUAAGCUGAAACCAUGAUCUUUCAGACAAAAAAAAAACAUUUACACUUUGUGCUUUUGUUUCUUGGCUAGCAAAAAUUAAACCCAUUUUGCCAGUAGUGCCAAUCAUUAUGAAUGCUAUUUUUGCUUAACAACACAGUAUGUUAUGCUGGGGAAACCAGUACCCAGAAGUUAUCAGUAAGAUCCACAGAGGCAGCACAUGCUGACAAUAAACCAUAGUAACCUAGUAAUAGCUCAGAUGUAGACCUACAAGUCCUGAAGUUUGUCUAAAAUGGUAGACUUAUGCAUAAAACGGUGAUGGGGACUUUGCAAGUAUAACAGAUGAUGCUGAUGAUGCUAAUCGUGCCGAUGACUAUGAUGUUCAAAUGUAAAUGCUAUGACUGGUGAACCAUAAAGGAAAGAGGAUGUCACCGUGGAUAUAAAAAGUCUGCACACACAAAAACUUACUUUUUUUACUUAUAUAACCUGUAAAACUCAAAUGUAAAUCUUUUGAAAAUAAAAAUAUUAAAUAAAGUGGUUGCAUAGGUUUAGACAACCCUGAUCUAAAACUCUACAGAACACAGUUCUAUUAUUAUUACACCACUCAGUCUAUUUGGGUAGGAGUCGAUUAUCAGGACAUAUGUUACCUUGGCAAUAUUUGCUCACUCUCUUUGAAUAGUGAUCCAAACCUGUUCUCCUGUGAACCGCCCUCUUCAGAUCAAAGGUCUGAGCACUGGCUGAGCUACUCCAAAAUGUGUUGAUUUUAAUAUAACCUUUGGUUCGCUGUGGUGCAGAAAGAUGAAGUUCCUCUUCAUCCUCUGUUUUCUGGCAGUUUUCUACCUGAAGGUUUUGUGCCAAGUGUUUAACUAAAACUUCAGGUCCACCAAAACGAAAACCGGCCAUAAAACAUGAUCCUGCCACCGCCAUUCUUUACUGUGUUACGAUGUCUUUUGGUUAUGCGAAGUGUUACUUUUACACCAAACAUACCUUUUGGAAUUAUGGCCAAAAGGUUCAACCUUAGUUUCAUUGGAGCAUAAGACACAUGUAUAUGCUUUCUGAAGACUUCAAAAGUGGUUUUGCAGAUUUUAGCCUUGUAGGUUAUCCUCCUUGUAGGAAAGAGCAUCUGUGUUGCCAUCCUAACCUCUUAGCCCAGAAAUAUGAGCAAUAAUGGAGAUUGUUGUCACAAGUACUUGCCAGAUAUUUAUGCUGCCCUUUAAAUGGUAGUGUGGGCCCAUUGGCAGCCUCCUUGACCAGUUUUCUUUUUCUCCUGCCUGAUAUCUUUUCACAAUAAGAUCCCUUUGGUGCUUUGGAAGCUCUCUGCAGACCACGGCUUAUGCUGUGAGAUAGGAUCUAAGAAAUGUCAGAAAAAUCUACUAAACAUGUUGAACUGUAUUUGGGAUUUGAACACAGCCAAAUCUCUGGGUAAAAAAGAAUGCACACUUUUGUGCAACCACUAUAUUUUAGGGUUGUUUUUUUUUUUGAUUCACUUCAAAGAUUUCAGUUUGUAAAGGUGGAAAAAAUUCUGAAAUUAUUUGUCUUUGUUACAUUUUUUAAAUCACAAAAACAUCAUUUGAACCGGGGUUGUGCAGACUUUUCAUAUCUGCUGAACAUCCCUUACUGUGUGGUUGUGCUCCAGCAACACAUUCAUUUUUAUUAAGACCAUCAAUCACACCUACAGCAGACCCAGCCCGGCCUCCAGUCAAUGCUUUCCAUCUUCAAACAGAAUGUCUCUGAACUCAUGGUUUGUUUCAUUUCUUUCCCUUUUCUCCUCAUUGUCACUGCCAUAAUUGUAUGACAUGUACUUUAACCUUGUGGAAAGCUCUGUUUAGAAAGUGCCUGCUCAACAACAAACAAACUAAUAUCAGGAAGUAUUGUACAUUCUCCAAAAUGUUCCCAGUUUCUCUUUAUUUUCCUAAAUUGUGUGUUAAAAUUGAACUUGACAGUGUUCUACUCUCUGUUAAAAGUCCUAAUUUAUCUGGUAUGAAUGGAUGCUCAUGGCCUAAUUGACAAUAUGUGUUACUUUGUCGGGUUAACAGAUAUGAUAGUAUCGCCCCUACCUUUGUGUGUACUUAUUAGAGGAGGAAAAAAAAAAACUUUGAAUUUUGCUUCUGUCUAUGAGAGGCACUCUCACGAGUCACUUCGCAUCAUCACCAUUGCGAGGCCUACGUUUUUUUCUAAUUCUCACUCCUAUUUUUGUUCCCAGAAAAUAAUUGUGCAACAUUAAAACAAAGCAGAACUCUGAAGUCUUUAGCUGGCUAAAUAUCUUUCACAGACAUCCUCUUUGUUUUUUGUUUUUUUUUGCUGUCAGUCUCUCAAUCCGACAUGCUCACACACAGUGUGGAAUGCAAAAGUACACAGUCUGGUGCACAUGGAAAUAAGGCCACACUCUUUCUCUCGUGUGCUUACGUCUUUGGGAGGCAUGAAAUCUCUCCCUUAGAUUAUACUCAGGGUUGAAGAACAGGGGGAUGGUAUGUGGAUUGCAUUAACUGCUGGCACACAGGUGCCCCAGAUGUGGAGGCUGUGGUACAUUUGGAUGUACUUAUGUGUGUGCACAUUGUUUGGAAUACAUCAGCUGUCCAUUUAUUGUCUAGCACCUGCAAAUUUUAACAUAUUAAAAUUUGACAUGCAUGUUCUUAUAUCCCAAAAGAAUCUGCAUCAUUCAAGGUGUGUCAUGGAUGAAGUUUUCAACAUGGUAGAAUAUUGUUAUUUUUGCUGAUUUUGCUUACAUUUUAAAUGACAUUCAAAGCAAGUAAUAAGAAAUCGCAUUGAUUCAGAUGUUCUGGAUGUUCAAAUUACAGUGUCUUGUGAAAGUAUAAUUAGCCUUGAACUUUAUUACAAUUCCUCACCUUACAAUCACAGACUUUAACAUAUUUAAUUUGAGAAAAAUUAUACAUGGUUUUUAAAAUAUUUUAGUAAUAAAAAUAUGAAAAAUGUGGCGUGCAUUUAAUUCAGCCAGCUAUAUCAAUUCUGUGCAGAAUUAAAUAGUGGUGCAAUUAAAGCUGCACGUAAGUUGAGGUUUGUCUCUACCAGCUCUACCAGACCCAGAGAGAUUGAUAUUUCUGUCCUAAACAAUCCCACUGUAGCUCUGGCUGUAUAUUUAGUUGUUUUGCUGGAAAGUUAACCUCUGACACCGUCUUUUGCCGGCAGAAGGUUUUCCUCCAGGAUUGUCAUCUUUUUAGCUCCAUGCAUCUUCUUAUCAACUCUGGCCAGCUUACCUUCCAUAAAUGCCAGUGUUUGGAGCAUCAAACUUACCAUACUCCUGUCAACAGAUUCUCCCAGCUGAGCUCUGCAGCUCCUCCAGAGUACCACAAGCUCCUUGACUGGUUCUUUGAUUAAUGGUCUUUCUGCCCAUCCUGUAAGUUUAAGUUGAAGGCCAUGUCUUUGUAUGUUUGUGCCAUACUUUCCAUGCUCAGAUGAUGGAUUGAACAGAGCUCUGUGAGAUGUUCAAAGCUUGAGAAAAGGAAGCUGAAUACAAAUGGCUGCCACACUUUUUAGAUAUAUAUUUAAAACAUUUUGGAAAUCAUGUAUCUUUUCCUUUCCACUUCACAGUUCGUGAGUUGCAUAAAAUCCCAAUAAAAUACAUGCAUAUUUGUAGUUAUAACAAGACAAAAUAAGAAAAACUCAAUCGUUAUGAAUACUUUUUAAAGGCACUGUAAUUAACACACCUCCAUCAUCAUUAAAACUUUUAUGACUUUUUCAAUUUAUUAAUCAUACUGAUGGACAGCCAUGGUGAGGCCAUGGUGAGGACAGUUCCUGUUUAACACACAUUAAACUGUACUUCCUCUCUCACCAACAAACCUGAAGAUGACAUCCUAAAACUCCUUCACAUACGUACACAGGCAUCAGUCCAUCAACUUGUACAAUACACAAAAUACUAUCCCAAACAACAGAAACUCCAUCAUUAGGGUCUUGUUUGGCAGAGGAUGGUAACUGUAAAGUGUAUGUACGUAACUAAGAAAAACUAAAGAUUAAAAGGUAAGAGACUUUGCCAUAGUAAAAAGGUGGUAAACGUGCGCAGAGAUAGCCUCUGGUCUCAUAAGUCCGCCUAGAAAUGAACCGCAUAACCUUUCAGGCCUUGUUUCAAGAGGGCGUGGCCAAACACCAUAUUGCAUGCUAGACUGGUAGACCCUUAUAGAUAACCUAUGGCUAGACAACUCCUUGCCUUCCUCCUCUUUCACCCUGUCUUCUCUUUCUCUCUCAUCUCCUGCUGUACCACCAUCUUGCCUGCUGUUGUGUUCUCAUGCCGAUCUCAGCUUCUCAUUUCUCUCUUUUUUUGUAGCCUAGUUUUUAAUCCUUCUUUUUGUUUGCUUUACAAACAUGCAUGCACAAGCAUCACUAACUUGUUGAUGUUUUCAAAAUAAUAUUUUGUUGCUGAGGCCAUGCAAAGUGUUUUUGAAUAUUGCCCUUAUAUGUGGAAUAUGUCUUCUGAAUGCUUUACAUAAUUUCUGCUGUAAAAUUAAAUCAGAAUAAAAAGAAAAUUUGCACUUUAA